AUGGGUUUGAAUUUAAAGGAUAUUCAACUUCAUUUGUUUAAAGUGAUCAAUGAUUCAACCAAGUCUAGUUACACAUUUAUACAAAGUCAUCCAAUAAUUUCAAGUGCCUUGUUGGCUUGUUUCAGUCUAUAUAUAUUCCUUUCUUAUAUUUAUAACUUCUUGGUUUACAUGUCCCCUUUCUUUGUGUGUGGUAUUAUUUUUAUAAAAAUCUUUUGGAGUUCUGAGAAAACUCAACUCAAGUAUGUUAAAAUCAAGGAUGAGAAAGAAGAGCAAAAGAAGGUUGAAGAAAAAUGCCCAAAGAUACCAAACCAUAAGAAACCAAAUCUACUUCAUAAGUAUCCAUCACAAAAUGCCACAAGUAGAAGGAGAAAAUUCAGUGAUAAGAAUUGGGAUGUGUAUGGUGGUUUAGAAGAAAAGGCCAAGGAUUUGUCAAUAGUUUUUUAUAAUGAGUUCACUAAAAGAAACAUGGAGAACAGAUGGGGCAGAUAUUUUGAGAAGGGAGAAAGUUCAUUGGAAAAUAGGUUGUUUGCAAAAAAAGCUCAAGUUCAUAAGAGGCAAAACUUAAGAUCUGAACCUUCAAUGAUUGAUUUGGUGGAAUGUGGUGAUUUAGAGAUAGAGAGAAAGAUAGAGGAUGGAGAUGAUGAAGAAGAAGCACAAGAGGAUAGGAACAAAGCUAUAGAGUGGACAGAAGAUGAUCAAAAGAACCUAAUGUAUCUUGGAAUUUCAGAAAUGGAGAGAAAUAAAAGGCUAGAGAGCCUCAUAGUUAGAAGAAAGGAAAAAAAGUUAUUUAAGGGGCAACAUGAGAAAGGUCUAAAUGAUAAAAAACCAAUUGCACCAUUGUUUAUGAAAAGAAACAGUCCUUUAAAUUCUUCAAAAGAGUUUGAUGAUGGUUUAGAAGUGCCAGGUUCUGCCCCUUCUCUCGUACCAAGAAGUCCUUAUAAAAUUCCUUACGCUCAUUCUGACGAGAAGCUUAACCUCCUGAGAGAUAGUUUUCCACAAGAAUUCUCUAGUCAGAACGACAUGUCAUUAGGCAAGCAUGAAAGUUUCAGUUUAGGCCACCCUUUCACAUCAGAAAUCAAACAAGAUCAUGGUGCUAAAGAGCAUUAUUUCCUUAAUAGAGGAAGGAAGCAUUCUGAUAGAUUUACAUACUCAAGAUUUAGAAGGAGUCAUACAGAAAAGGGAACUCAUGAUUGGCUAAUUGACCAAUUGAUUUACAAUCAAAGUGGCGAAAGUAGCGAAAGUGGCGAAAAUGGAUUGCAAACAUCCAAUCCAUCAACAAAGGGAGAGAAAUUGACACAUAAAGAAGAUGGGAAACGUAAGAUUGAUAUGAAUGACAUGAAAGGUGAGAAAGUGGAGUAUGAAACAAAACCCAUGUCAAAUCAAACAAGUGAGUCAAGACUAGAGAAAUUAGGGCAAUGGCCUAAGUUUCCCAAGUCUCAUGAGAGGGUUCUCAAUUUACCAUUAUCUAGUAGCACUGGUGAUACUAAUAGUAAUAUACAUGAAGCUAUGUAUGAGACUGUGACAUCAAUAGUUGAUAAAAGACAAGAAAAUAUGUUUUUAGCCAAUGGGAGACUUUGUCACACCCCAACACAUUCUGUAGCUUCUGACUUACAAGUAGAGGUUUCUGAAAUUGGUUCACCAACAUCAACAGUCGGUGAGAAUGUUGAGAUUAAUUCUUCCAUUGAUAGAGACUCAAUAUUAUACGAUGGGGACAUUGAUAGAGACAUUAGUUCUGGCAGUGAAGAGUUGUGGGGAUCCUCUUUCCAUGGAGUAAAAGAAGCACAAGGAGUUAACAAUGAAGGAAAUAAUGUAGAAGUGAACAAUUCUUCAAAGGAUGUUGUUUCACCUUUUGAUCCAUGCCAUAUAAAUGAAGAAAAUGCAACUGAUAUGUGUUCAUCAUCCUCAAAAUAUGAUGUGCCUGAAAAUACUCCUACUCAUGCAACAAAUAAUCAUCAAAAUAUAUUUGACUAUUUGAAACAUUCUAUGGAGGAGAUUGAAGCACCACAAUCUUCCAACUCUUCUCAUGCUCUAAAUCAAGUUCCAAAUGAAACACACUUUGAAAAUCCGAAGGAACAAUAUAACAUGACAGAGAAUGUCGCAAAUGAGACAAGAUUUAUAAAUGAUAUGAAUAACUUAGCAACCACCAAUCAAGAUAACAUAGAGGACUCAAGAAAUAUUGAAGAUCUUGAGACAUCAGUAAUGCGACAAGAAUCAAUUGAAGAUGCCUCCAUUCACUCAGUUUCAUCAUCACCAAGGUCUGUGUUACCGGAGAAAACAAUGGGAGAUGAAAUUUCAUUGUCAAAUUUUGAUCAACACAUGCAUAUAGAUGGUCAACAAUCUAUUGGGGAGGAUUUAACCCAAGAAAGUUUAGAUAGUGAAAUUUCACCUAACAUCAUGCUUCAUACCAGACAACCAGUGAUAGAAGAUGUAAUAGAUGAAAUUUCAUUGUCAAAUUUUGAUCAACACAUGCAUAUAGAUGGUCAACACUCUAUAGUGGAGGGUUUGACCCAAGAAAUUUUAGAUAGUGAAAAUUCUCCUAUCGUCAUACCUCAUACCAAACAAUCAAUGAUAGAUAAUGUAAUACACAAAACUUCAUUUUCAAAUUUUGACCAACACAUGCAUAUAGAUGGCCAACAAUCUAUUGGGGAUGGUUUAACCCAAGAAAGUUUACAUAGUGAAAAUUCACAUAAUAUCAUGCCUCAUACCGGACAACCAAUGUUAGAAGACAUACUAGAUAAAACUUUAUUGCCAAAUUUUGAUCAACACAUGCAUGUAGAGCCUCACCUAUCUAUUGUGGAUGGUAUGAUCCAAGAAAGCUCAAACAAUGAAAGUUCACAUGAUAUCAUGCAUCAACCAAUGCAACCAAUUAUGGAUGAUUUAAUAGAUGAAAUUUCAUCGUCAAAUUUUGAUCAACACAUGCAUAUAGAGCCUCAACAAUCUAUUGUAGAUGGUGUGAACCAAGAAAGUUCAAACAAUGAAGGUCCACAUGACAUCAUGUCUCAAUCAGUUCAACCAAUGAUGGAUGAUUUAAUAGAUGAAAUUUCAGCAUCAAAUUCUGAUCAACUCAUGCAUACAGAAUCUCAACAAUCUACUACAAAGGGUGUGACCCUAAAAACUUCAUCAAGUGAAAGUCCACCUAAUGUUUCUCCUCAAAACAUUCAACCAAUAAUAGAUGGUACAACUGAUAAAUUACAUAAUGAAUCACAGGUGUCAUCCACAAAUAUGCUUAAAGAUGAUAACAAUGGCAAGCCAUCAAGUAGCAAUGAUAUCCAUGGUGAGUCGUCAGAACAAACGGUUACUAAGCCAAAGGUUCAAAAUAGAGAAUCGGGUUACUUAUCUGAUGUAUUUGAUUGA